AUGCGGCACAUGUAUAUAAAUGGGGAUACACCCAAUGUUUGUAGCAACUUCAUCAAGGGCAACAUCAUACCAAGGUGGUCCAGAAUGAAGUUCCCAUUAUUUCUGGGACUUGUGGUGGGGUCUAUUCUGGCCGUUGCCUCAGACGACAAGCUCAAUUCAAAUUUGGAUGAAGAAUGGGAGAACUGGAAAUUACAGUACUCCAGGCAGUAUGCAGAGGGUGAGGAGACCAACAGGAGAAUGAUUUGGGAAAGUGCUCUGAGUUACAUUGAGCAGCACAACCGAGAGUACGCCAUGGGGAAGCACACAUUUACUGUGAAAAUGAACCAAUUUGGAGAUUUGACCAACGAAGAGUUUAAUAAACAAAUGAAUGGAUUUGUCAUGAAUGAAGCUGAAAACUCCACUGAGGAAAUUGAAGAACACGAUGGGCUUGAUGAUGAUGAUGAUAAUGAAAUUAGUUUGAAAUUACCUAGGUCUAUCAAUUGGACGCAAAUGGGUGCAGUUACACCAGUAAAGAACCAGGGAGCAUGUGGUUCCUGCUGGGCCUUCAGUGCAACUGGAGCCCUCGAGGGGCAGUUGGGAAAACGACGCCAUCUUAUUUCUCUGAGUGAGCAGAACCUGUUGGAUUGUGACCGUCGAUCUCAUGGAUGUCGUGGCGGACUUAUGGGAUAUGCCUACGAAUGGAUGAAAAGAGCAGGUGGCAUAAACUCUGAACAAACGUAUCCAUACACUGCAAGACAAGGAGCCUGCAGAUUUAGGACGGAUAAGAUUGUUGCCAGAAUUCGUGCUUACCGCUCACCCGGACGUUGUGAAAGAUGUUUAGCAAGAGCAGUGGUGAAAAUUGGACCAAUUGCAGUUGCCAUUGAUGCAAGUCGCCGAUCCUUCCAAUAUUACAAAGAAGGAGUCUACUACGAUCGAAAUUGUAACAGAAGAAAUGUGAACCAUGCUGUGCUAGUGGUUGGAUAUGGCAGACUGAGAGGAAGAAAUUUUUGGCUUGUUAAAAACAGCUGGGGAUUGGGCUGGGGUGACAAUGGCUACAUUAAAAUGAAAAAGGACAGGCGCAAUCAUUGCGGAAUACUCAAUUAUAUGGUCUAUCCAGUAAUGUAAGUGCACCAGCAUUCAACCAGAACUUCAGAACACGGCCUGAAAAAUUGUGCAAAGUGUUUUACAGUUGCUUAUUCAUUUUAUGCUGUUGCUUUAGCAGUCUGUGCAAAAUGAAACUGUGCGGGGGGGGGGGGGGGGGGGGGGGGGGGAUAUCAGCUUCUACAACAUCUGCAAUGUGACAUUAAAGGCAAUCUAAUUGUGCCUUGUUAAUAGCAGUUCUAAAUUACAAUAUUAAUCAAAUGGCUUCUAGGCAAUGGAUUGUGGAAAUUAAUAAAAGCUGCUGGCAAUCUUU